AUGCAACUAUACGCUUUUGAAGCAACAUUGGAUAAUCCACACCGCACACACGCUGACUCACCGAUCGUACAAGUGGUGCAUCGGCCGGGAAUUGAGAAGCGUGACCGUGAGAGCAAGGCUAAUCCCGCAGGAGAGAAGUGGUCAACGUUCUGUAAUGCAGCCCGUGCGAAAAGCUCUAACCUCGCUGGAAACUCGAUCGAGUCCAAAGCGGAGCAUAUACCGAAAGAAAACCUUCGUUUGCCAUAGAAUUUAAUGAAAUUUGAUGGAAGUUGCAUUCGUGAGCAUUGUGCUGCAAAUAUUGUAUAGCAUUGGUAUCGCUAAUGAUAGGAGGAAUCCUGGGUACAUUCCAGAGAGCAGUAAUUUGGAAACGUUCUCUGCUUUCACACGAUUUUGAUAUGUGUACUUCUGUGUUUCAGAGUGAAGUGAUUACCUCCAGGUAAAAAAC